CGCCCGCCCGCCGGGGCUUGUGCGCUGCGGCGCGUGCGCGAGCGGUGCAGCACCGGCCGCGGGAGCAGGGAGUAUUAUGGGCUGUGGGUGCCGCUGAGCAAGAUGGAGCUGUCUGCAGUGGGCGAGCGGGUCUUUGCGGCCGAAUCCAUCAUCAAACGGCGGAUCCGAAAGGGACGUAUCGAGUACCUGGUGAAAUGGAAGGGGUGGGCCAUUAAGUACAGCACUUGGGAGCCCGAGGAGAACAUCCUGGACUCGCGGCUCAUUGCAGCCUUCGAGCAGAAGGAGAGGGAGCGUGAGCUGUAUGGGCCCAAGAAGAGGGGACCCAAACCCAAAACUUUCCUCCUGAAGGCGCGGGCCCAGGCCGAGGCUCUCCGCAUCAGUGAUGUACAUUUCUCUGUCAAGCCGAGUGCCAGCGCCUCCUCACCCAAGCUGCACUCCAGCGCAGCCGUGCACCGGCUCAAGAAGGAUAUCCGCCGCUGCCACCGCAUGUCCCGCCGCCCGCUGCCCCGCCCGGACCCGCAGGGGGGCAGCCCUGGUCUGCGCCCGCCCAUCUCGCCUUUCUCUGAGACCGUGCGCAUCAUCAACCGCAAGGUAAAGCCUCGGGAGCCCAAGCGGAACCGCAUUAUCCUAAACCUGAAGGUCAUCGACAAGGGCACGGGUGGAGGUGGCACUGGGCAGGGGACUGGGAACCUCACCCGCCCCAAAGUCCCUUCGAGGAACCGUGUCAUCGGCAAGAGCAAGAAGUUCAGCGAGAGCGUCCUGCGUACGCAGAUCCGCCACAUGAAGUUCGGUGCAUUCGCGCUGUACAAUAAGCCUCCGCCGAGCCCUGUGCCACCCCCACCCGCUGGCAAGGCCGAUAUUGCUGCCUCCACGGCCCCCGGGCUGCUCCUGGCGGCCCCCACUCCACCCUACGACGCCCGAAGCUCCAGCUCCUCUGGCUGCCCGUCACCAGCGCCGCAGUCCUCCUCCGACCCGGAGGAUGCGCCCCCCAAGCUGCUCCCGGAGACCAUGAGCCCAUCGGCCCCCGACUGGCGGGAGCCCGAGGUGCUUGACCUGUCCAUCUCUCCCGAGACAGCAGCCACCAGCAAGUGGGCACCCACCGACGUCACUGCUGCUGCCAGCCAGGCACUUCCCACGGCCCCUGAGCCUGCCAUCACCCCCUCAGAGCCCGAGGCUGGGGACUGGCGCCCUGAGAUGUCACCCUGCUCCAAUGUGGUUGUCACCGAUGUCACCAGCAACCUGCUGACGGUCACUAUCAAGGAAUUCUGCAACCCUGAGGAUUUCGAGAAGGUGGCUGCGGGCGUCGUAGGUGCUGCAGGGGGCGGUGGCAGCUGUGGGGUGAGCAAGUGAGGGGGCUCCACCAAGGAGGGGGCUUUGGGGGGAGCCCUCCUGAAAGUCAUACUCUUGUUCCCUCCCCCUCCCCGCGACACUUCUGCCUGUGCUUUGCUUGUUUCAAAUGGCUCGGUGUUGACCCUGGGAUGGGCUUGGGCAACUGGAGUCCCCUGAAGCCCAGUGGGGGUCGGUCCUGGACCAGUUUAGGGCCGAGGUGUGGCAAGGGCACUGGGAAAUCCUCCCUCUUGUCUCUUGGCACCCUCCCUGCCCAUGCAUGGUGGGGCCCACUGGGUGGCUCCUGGGGAGCCCCAGAACCUGGGGUUCAGCUGCCGCCUCCACAUCCCACUGUGUCUCUCCCCAGCUUGCUUCCAACUCUCGUGCACAGCAUCUGAUUUCUCGGUGCUAACCCGGCAGCUACAGGGCCCCUUGGAGACCCCCUCCCAGUGUGGGCACCGUCUCUUUCCUCCAGUUGCCUGGGCAGAAGAGGCAGGGAUGGCAGAGCCCAGACAGGCUGAGGGGCGGCAGGGCCCAGAGGCAUGGGUCUCACUGCCCUCUUUUGGAAGAGACCCAAGCGGGCCCCCUUCGGCCCACCCCAUUCCAUCUCUUUACUAAUCCCUGUCUGGAAGGUGGAAGGAACGAGCAGGGACCUCAACCUGCCACAGCCUCCCAGCAUCUAAAGACCCCCUUCAGUUCUCGACCAAAGGUGCUAGAAGAACCUGCUGUGGAAACUUCCAGCUGUGCGUGUGCGUCUGCCGCCCCUUGGCGUGUUUGUAUGUGAAUCCAUAUGUGCAUUGGGCACUUGGUCCAGGCUUUCCAGGCGGCACCAUUUAGGGUUCCUCAGAAUAGGGUCGUCAGAGGCCUGGACCUUGCCUUGCAGUCAGCUGGGCCUGUGGAGGACACCAGGCCAAUGCCCCACCUGGGUGGGUCUGAGGGUUACACUGUGGAGGCCGCCAGGUCUAUGCUCCCAGCCCAGUAUGGGGGCAUGCGCCCCCACACCCUUCUCCUUUGGGGUGGUCAGCCCAACCAGCUGGGCCUUCAAUAGCUGCACACAUGGCAUGAUGGAGACUGAGGUAGAGAAGGGAGACGCCCACCCCCAGCUUCCCUUUCCUCCUGGGUGUUUUGGGGAAGGAGGAAGGCUGGAAACUGUUCCCGAGGUUCUCCGGCUUCUCUUGACCCCUCUCUUUUGCUUCUGACCCCUGAGCCUUUCUCACAGCCCAGUCUGCUCGAAGCAGCGGGAGGCCUCUGGUGCCCUGGGCAGCUUCUCUUUCCCUGUGCUUCCGGGGAGCUGAGGCAUCCAUGCCAGUGGCAGAGCCCAAAGCCCCCGUGGUCGGCCGGGCACUGGGAGCGUGAGCAGGCCGAAGUGGAGGGAAUGGAGAGGGCAGGAGGGUGAGGGUGUGCAGGGCCAGGGGUCUGGUGCACUGGGAGGCAGCCUCGUGAGGCAGCCCUAGGCCACUGUCCGGCUCAGUUUGGCAUGGGUGGCAUGUCCCUGUGCAGGGCUCAUCUUAGCUCCCUGGUAUAUGCAGCAACAGGUGUCUAAGCUCAGAAGCAUGAUGGCAGAAGGUAGGAGGAGGCAGAAAGGGGAUCCGGUUAGGGAGAAAACGCCUUUGUCCUAAGUGUGGGAGGACUCUCUUCCAAACCUCCCCACCAGGGGCUGUAGCUUGGUCCCUGGCCCUCCCCACCCCAGGAUGUACAACAAGGGCCCUCACAGGGUUUGGGGGGCUGGCACUCCCAGACCCCUCCCCACCUGCCCUUUGUGUUGGCUCCGUGGCCGUCCAAGUGCCAAUUGGCUUCCCCCCAAAUAAGGGCUGGUGUUUCUCCUCUGUCCUUAGAGGUGAUUUCCCCCCUGACCCCCCUUACCCAAGGUGGAUGACCACCUGGGUACCAGUUACAGGUGUUUCCAGAGACCAUAGAAAUGUGUUUUCCUGAGAGUCCGUGUCAUUCGUGACUUUUUUUGUAAAGAAGUUGUGUUUUCAGAGGUGAUUUUAUGACAGGAAAGUGAAAGAAUUAGUUUUGCAGAAAACGAAAAAACAAAAAAAGAGGAAAAAAAAAGAAAUAGAAAAAAAUAUUGUGGGAUUCCUAUGGGGUUGGGAGGGGGGAGAAAGAGAUAUUUAAAGAAAAACUAGUAACGCAGUGAUUGCACAGGUGAGGUGGCAAUGUUAGGAACAGGAAUGGAGGCCCAGGCACGGCUGGCGGGUCCCCAGGGUCAUGGCCAACUGCCUGCCUGCCUUGGUAUGAGGCAGAGUGAGCCCUUCCUCCUGUCCUGGGCCUACUCUCACACCUAUCCUCGCUCAAAGGAAAAGAUGACAGCUGUUCCUAAGGGACUUAGCCAGAAGCUGCAGGGGCCAAGCAAAUGGAGCUGGGAUUUGGGGUGGUGGGGCUCAGUGGGGGUCCCAUCAUCCCUGGGACCUACUGUUGGUGAUUCCAGGAAAGCUGGUGAACAAGUGCAGUUGGGUUUUUUGCUCUCCUCUGUUCCGUUGCCAGCUUAUUGGGCCAUCUGGUCCCUACCACCACCGCCCGGUGGGGGGGUCUUCUCCCUCCCCACCACCACAAAGACCGUGACACCCCUGUGCUUCCCUGGCCAGGUAGGGGAUGCAGGCUUCAGGAAGACAGGAGCUGUGGACUCUGGGAGAAUCUUAGGUGGUGACCCUAAAGGGAUUGGGGGUAACCGUGGGGAGACAGGAAUUCCUGCCCCUGACCCCCAGACAUGCAACCCCACCCUGCCUCGGCGCAUGCAGAGGCACGCAUGCACAGUGCUUCGAGUCAGGCAGCUCCCCUGGGGGGCUUGAGUGGGCAUAGGGUCAAGAGCAAACAGCCCUCCUUACCUCUCUCCCAGGGUGGCUUGGAGUGGGGCCCAGAAGCCCCCCCCACACCCUUGCACGGAUCAGCCUCCUGUGGGCCCUUCCCUUGCUGCUUUUCCGUUUGCCUAAUUACCAAGCAGAAGUUGCAGUCUGAUUUGCUUUAUUUUUAUAUGUGAAAUACCCCCACAGCCCAAUCUCCCAUGUUCUCUAUUGGUUGGGGCAUCGUUCAUUUCCCCUUAGUGCCACCCACAUGUCAUAGGAAGCAGAUGAGGUCUGGUGUCUCUGGUUUGAGAUGGGAAGUUGGAACUUCCCUGUCUUGUUCCCCUCUCUGACCCUCAGUUUGCCCCUCUGAAAUGGGUGUAUUGGGCAGCAAGGCCUCUUCGUAGCACUGCUGGUGUCCAGGCAGCUGCCAAGGAUUAGGUAGGUGGUGGUUGAGGCUGGCACUGGGCCCCCAGCCUCCCACAGCCCCCGUUUGUUCUCACCCUGCAAACGGUCAAACGAGCUCCAUCUUCGCUGCUCUGGAAAAUCUCCAGCCUCAGUGUGAGGUGGGCAGAGUGGGAGGGAUCACCCCAUUUUAAAGACAAGGAAACGGGCCCCAAGAGGCAACCCUGCUUCACUGGGGUGAAGAGCCCAGCUGCUCUGGCCUGGGGGCCACCACAAAGCUGGCAGGCUACCCCUGAGCCAGGCAGUCCAGGGUGAGGGGUCAACCAGAGUAGGAAACUUAGCUGGGGGGGAGUGGAUGAGGGAGGUUACCACCAGCCUUUCUAGCCUCUGUGGGAACCCAAGUGGACGCACUGCCUUUCCCACCUUUUGGGGUUGGGGGUCGGGGGGAAGGUUGUGGGUUUAUUUUUUUUUUAUCUUUUUUUUUUUUUUGCACUUGGCCCACGCCGGACAGUGGAGCCCUGCCUCGUUGGUUCCACUUUCGGGCUCCCAUGCACUAGCCCAAGGCAGCCUCUUGGGGGCUUGUAUGGUUUAAGGAAUCACUUUUAAAAAGAAAAAAAAAAAAGGAAAGUGUUUAAAGGUUUUUGUUUUUUUUCUGCAUCUCCUCUCAGAUUCAGAAAGCCCAGAUUUAGGGGCUAAAACUCCAGGAGAAGGUCUCCCCAGCCUGACCCCAUCUUACUGAUAGUCACCAAGACGCCGAAAUGGAACAGGCUGGGUGGGGACUGAGGACCCCACCUCCCAGGCCUGCAGGGUCCCUCCAACCCCACUUUGAAGGAGUCAGCACCCCACUCCAACAGUGAGUGAGCACCUACUGUGUGCAGCGCUUCCACUAAGCAAAGGGGGCUGAUUGAUGGUCUAACUGGGGAGGGACCCUUCACUAGAGGCCACGGUGGAAAGAACGAGUUCUGGGGCCCGCCCCUGCUCUUGGCAGGAGUGGAGAUGGAGAUUUCUUUUUGUUGGUUUUAAUUUAAAAACACAAAGGCCUAAAGAAAUGUAUCUUAUAAUUUUUUUAAUUUUUGAAAAGCUCAUUUAAUGAAUUGUGCACGAAUGAAUUCUAUAUAUAUAAAAUAUACAUAUAUAACUCUAUAUUUGGGGAGGGCACUGUCUCUUUUUUCUCUUUCUCAUUUUAAAAAUGAAGUGUUGUUGCCUUUGUCUGUGGUUCAACCAUCCAGCUCCCAGCUGGCUAAACUUUGCCUCCAGUGGUUAAAGAGAGAAAACUAGUGGGGUGGGCAGGAGACCGGAAGUGGACAUGUUGCCCCAGCUUGAGGGGUGUCCCCGUCCACCUGCCCCGUCCCAGAGGCUGCGGGUAGAGAAAACGGCUUUUGGGUGUGGGUUUUGCUUCUGUUGUUCUGGAUUUGGUUUCUGGGCCGGGGGAGGGGGGUUUGUGCCGAUUACUCUUGUCUUGUAUGUUUUGUUCUGCUGCUCUUCAAUAUUGUAUCAAUGCCAGGAAGGGGGAGUGAAAAGCUUCUUUUGCACCCCCAAAUAAAUUGUCACAUUCCGAAGCUCA